AUGUCAACCGAUAGUACCAACACCCCACCUCAAGUUCUCUCUCAUUCCUCAUCGAGUAGUUCUAUCUCUUCGAUGACCAAAGAAGCCACUCCAGCUCCUUGUUGCCACAUUUGCAAAGAAGAAGUCGAUGUCCUUCAAGAAGCUCGUUCUCACUGUGUCGAUUGUAACAUGUAUUUGUGUGCCCGUGAUGCUAAAAUUCACGUCAAGAGAGAACCUACACAUCAUGUCAUUGAUUUGAUUGGCUCAAGUGCUGGAAAUAAUUUGGGAGGAAGCGGAAUUGGUUUGGGUUCUCAUUUAUUGGAACAAAUGUCUCCUCGUACAAAUGGUAAUUUCGUCCCAAAUUCAAUGAGUUUUGGAGGUCCAGCUCCACUCUGUCAAAGACAUCACAUUCCAGUGAAUACGUAUUGUGGAACUUGCAAAAAGUUAGUAUGCAGUGCUUGUGCGGUUGAAGAACACCGAGAAGGUCACAAUGAUGUGAAUAUGAUUGCCAAAAUUGAACCAGAAGAACGAUCCAAUUUGGAUAAGUUGUUGACCAAUUUGAGAGAAAGUAUGAAGGAUUGGGAAAAUUCACAUCAAACACACGAUAACGAAUUGGAAUUGGAGAGUUCAUUGAUUGAGGAAGCUAGAAAUAGAUUGAAGGAAGAGGUCAAGGCAGUGUGUGACACAUUGAGACAAAAUUUGCAAGAUCGACAGGAUCAAUUAUUUGCUGAUAUCGAUGAAAUUACAAAAACUCAAACAAACUAUGUGAAAAAGAUCAUUGAAUUGAAGAAGGUUUCCGUUGACUAUAUGAGUGAAUUCGACAAAUUGCAUGAAAUGAGUGGUUAUGAAAUGAUGGAAAGAAAAUUGACUCGACUUCCUCAAACUUUGCAAGCAUUCGAAGAUUUAAAGACCUUCUUUAAGUAUUUGACUUUGGAUGAAGUUCAUGACAUUCAACUCACCAAUACUGAAAUCAUGUACAUCCAACGCGAAUUGAAGAAUUUGGGUGAAAUUGUGAAAACUCCUCCAAAACAAAAGAGUGCCAAGAACACUGGAGCCCCAUCGUCACAACAACAGCAGUCAACUCCAGGAACCACUUCCACUGAACCAUCAAAGGUCGCCAUGAAUACUUCAUCCUCUUCUGAGAGUAGUUCCUCUUCUACUUCUGUUACCUCUCAUCCUUAUGCUCCAUUCUCAAUGGAGUUCUCACAUGUUGCCACUAUUGGUAAAACUGGAUCAGAUGGAUCUGGCAAUGAUCAAUUCAAGGGACCAUGGGAUGUGAAAAUUUCACACGGAUGCAAUUGUAUUGUUGUGAGUGACAGUCGUAACAACAGAAUUCAAUUCUUUGACCUCAAAACUAGAGAGUAUAAGGGUUCACUCAAGACAUCAAAGUCUCCUAGAUACUUGUGUAUUGAACCAAGUAAGGAUGGAAAUGAUUCACUCAUUUUCUCAUGUGACAAUCAUGCUGUCUACAAGUACAGUUUACCUAAAGUUCUCUCUAAUGAGAAGAAUUUGGAACCUGUUUGGGUUUCUGGUACACCAAAGAAGAAGGGAAGCGAUAUGAACUUGUUUACUGAACCAGCUGGUGUUGCACUUUGCAAAUCUAAGAAGAUUAAUGCCUUGUUCCCAGAGGCCAUGAACGAAAACACAAUUCUUGUUUGUGAUGGUGAUAAUCAUCGUGUUAAGGUCUUGAGAGCUAGUGAUGGUAAAGUUUUGAAGACAUUCGGAGCUAAGAAGGGAGAUGAUAAUGUGCAAUUGGUUCAACCUGAAUGCGUCUAUGUGAGUGAAGAUGACCAAAUUAUCAUCACUGACCAAAGUACUCAUAGAGUCCAGAUUGUGACAAGAAAGGGAGAUGAGUUGUCAUGUAUUAAGAUUAUUGGAAAGGAAGGACAAAGUAAUUUGGAAUUCACCACUCCUCGUGGUCUUGCAGUGGAUGAAACUUCCAAUCAUAUCAUUCUCUGUGACUGUGGCAAUAAUAGAGUUCAAGUGUUCAGCCAUGUCACUGAAGAAUUUAAGCGUAAUUUUGGAAAUGAAGGAAAGGAUAAUUCACAAUUCAACAAACCAACAGGUGUUUGUUUCAACGAUGUGAAUGGAGAGUUGUUUAUUGCAGAUUAUCAAAAUCAUAGAAUCCAAAUUUUCAAAUAA